CAACUUGUUGCUGCUUAUGACUCAUUCAGGGAAGUGCACUAGAGAUAGGUGGCUGCUGUCACAUUUCUCAUCCAUUUACUCCUGAACUUGAAUGAACUUUCGCUCUAAGCAGUGGUAACUGUUGCUGUCCUUCUGACCACAUUUACAACUUGCCAGACUUGGCAGGGUUAGAGAUGUGCAACAUCUACACUGUCUGCAGGUGGUGAGGAUUCUGUGACACACCCAACAGAUUCCCUGCUAUCGGCAAAAUGAUUAUCUCCAGGAUUAGAAAAGUCCGUCGUGUCAUCGUUCUACUCUGCAUCACCUCUAUCGUUGUGUUUUAUACCGGACAGCUGUCCUCCAAUUCGCUUGUGGACUUUGUUAAAAAUGCCCUUCGGCCUCUGGACAGGAUCCUCUCUUCAAAAUAUUGCGCCUGUCUCAAAUGUAUGACACAGCCAGACGAUGACCUCUGGUUUCAGAAGCGCUUCAACACAUCGUUUCAACCCUUUCUGACCAGAAAGUACAAGACACUCUCCAACGAUACAAGAAUGUGGUGGCAGAAAUUGCAGAAAGACCGUACCAUAGCCAACUUUAGCGAGGUGGUGGAGAAGUUAUUCCAGGUCAUCCCUGAUGCUGACCUUUACAUGGACGCGGGCCCUGAGCGCUGUCGGACCUGUGCUGUGGUGGGGAACUCUGGGAACCUCAAGGGCUCCCACUACGGAGCCCUCAUCGACUCCAGUGAUGUCAUCAUAAGAAUGAACAAGGCUCGUACCUCUGGCUAUGAGCGGGAUGUUGGCAGCCGCACCACACAUCACAUCAUAUACCCAGAGAGUGCCAUAGAUCUGGACAACACUACUAGUCUCUUGUUUUUCCCUUUCAAGACUCUGGACCUUCAGUGGCUACCCGGUGCCAUUACCACUGGGUCUCACAUCACCUUCUCAUAUUUACGUCUUAGACCGAAGAUAAAGGCCAACAAAGAUUUGGUAUUGGUUCUGAAUCCUGUGUUCAUGAAAUAUGUUCAUGAAGUCUGGCUUGACAAUUACGGCAAAUACCCCUCCACCGGAUUCAUGGCUUUGAUAUUAGCCCUACACAUUUGUGACGAGGUGAAUGUGUAUGGAUUUGGGAAAGACAGAAAUGGGAACUGGCACCACUACUGGGAAACAAUAACCAAUAAAAAGCUCAAGACUGGACCACACCCUGGAGACUAUGAGUACAAUGUCACUAGAAAGCUCUCGGAAAUACACAAACUUGAGAUAUAUAAGGGAUGGUGAUAAUCAUUAAUCCAGAUCAUUAACGGGAUUUGCUGCACUGAAAGUAAAGGGGCUGAAUAAUUUUGCACGCCCAAUUUUUCAGUUUUUGAUUUGUUAAAAAAGUUUUAAAUAUUCAAUAAAUGUCGUUCCACUUCA